CUCACGAGUCACGAACCGCAAUAAGCCUCCAUAUAUUACUCGUAUCUUCAAAGCCCUAACCCUAAAUUCCUAACUCUCUUCUGGUCGUCGCGCUCUCGCCCAAACACCGAAUACAGUACACCCGUCCCCGUCGGAACUCAGAAAAGCAACAAUCAGCCAUGGGAAAAGUUCACGGAUCGCUGGCUCGUGCCGGAAAGGUGAGAGGGCAAACUCCGAAAGUGGCCAAGCAGGACAAGAAGAAGAAGCCCCGUGGCAGGGCUCACAAACGCAUGCAAUACAAUCGACGAUUCGUCACCGCCGUUGUUGGCUUUGGGAAGAAGAGGGGUCCAAACUCAUCGGAGAAGUAGGCUUUGAACGCAGUAGCAGUUUGGAGACAAUUGCUGGAUGGAUUUCCAAUGAAUUGUUAACUAUCAGUCUUUUACUGCAUUUUAGUUAACUGGAGUUGCUAUUUUUGCAAUUUAUAUUUUGCUGAAUUUUAUUGGAUUUGUGCGUUGUUAGAUAAAAAGUGAAUUUUUGUUUCUCAAUGUGUUGAAUUGAAGUGGUGGAUUUGUAUUCUGGUACGAAUGUAUUUGCUACUAAAUCAGCAUUUCUUGUUA